AUGCACUUUUGCGAACAAGCAUUUUGUCUCCUGAUUACGGUGAUUGUAUUAUGUGGGGCCCUUGAGGUAAAUAUCGAAGGAUGUGUGAAAAAUUGCGAGAAAAAAUUCGUGAAAUAUCCAGUUUUCUGCGAAACGAAAUGUCUUCAGGAGUAUCUUGGCUCCCACGUGAAAAAAGCCAUUGAAAAGUUUGAAAGUGCUGGUGGUUUGCGAAAACUAGCAGCACCGAGUCUGGUUGAAGCUGGGUGGCAGAAAAUACGAGUGCAAUUCAAUACAACAGAGCUGAAGAACCACAGUGAAGUUGAUUAUAUCUUAGAAGUUAAGCCAUUAUGGGGUCGUCAAGAGAGAGGCCAGUACUUUGUUGUAUUUCCUUACACAAAGAAAUACUUCCUUACCAAUCAUACAAAAUAUACAAUUGAAGACCUUGAACCGAAUACUGGUUAUAGAGUCAGAGUGAUUGCCCUAAAACGUGACGGAUCGUCAACAUUUAGUUUCUGGAGUAGUAACAUAAAUACAACAGAACUUUGUGAAAAACCUCCGUGUGGUGUGACGAAUAUACGCUUGGAAUUGACGACAGAGAUACCUAGUUAUCACACAGGUCCAAAGAGUGUUGAUAUAGGAUCUAUUUUUCAUUGGACCCCAAGUACUACGUUCAAUGAAACAGGCAAGAUUCACGUUCUCCGAAACUUUUCCCAAAUAAGUGAAUGUAUUGCAUACUAUUAUGAUAAAAGAGAUGUCCAAUCUGAAGAAAAAAAUGUUUCGAUCGAUACCUUCACCGAAACGGAAAAGGCAAACUUCAGCAAAGAUGAUGAAUCAAAAUCCCUAUACUAUAAUUGUUGGUACAAGCUGAGCAUGGAGGCUGUGGAUGGUUCUCAUGUACUGCCGGCUACACUCCCCCAAACAAAAAGGAGCUGGAUUUUCCACGUACCUGAAUGUAUAAAAAUCAGUAACAUUAGAAUGUGCGGAUGUACAUAUGAAUACGGCCUGGUGGUUAACAUAAGGACCGAGUUGAACGCGACUUUCGAAAGAGACACAUCAAAGACUGCUACUGGGUAUUUUACUUGGAGUGAUAAAAUGUGGAGAAAUGGGAACAAUUUGACGUACUUACAGUUCAAAUUAUCUAACUCUGAUACCGAGGAGGUUUUAUACAAAAAAUUUUACAACGCGUCAUCUAAGGUAAGCGAUGGAUAUGCCACAUACAUAUAA